AUGGGUCCCGAGCAGAGACUUUUUGGGAAGGUGGGGAGGCGGGUCAGCCCCAAGAAAGGCAAAGCCACCGUGCUGGGCAGAGCUGAUAAACGGGCAGUGGGGCACAGGCAACACAGCUGCCCUAGCCACCCGUCGUCUGUCUGCAUCCCGCUGCCCGUGUCCCAGCGAGGAUGGAGGCCAUCAAGAAGAAGAUGCAGAUGCUGAAGCUGGACAAGGAGAAUGCCCUGGACCGGGCAGAGCAGGCGGAGGCUGAGCAGAAGCAGGCGGAGGAGCGGAGCAAGCAGCUGGAGGAUGAGCUAGCUGCCAUGCAGAAGAAGCUAAAGGGGACAGAGGAUGAACUGGACAAAUACUCCGAGGCCCUGAAAGAUGCCCAGGAGAAGCUGGAGCUGGCAGAAAAGAAGGCGGCGGACGCUGAGGCAGAAGUGGCAUCUUUGAAUCGCCGCAUCCAGCUGGUAGAGGAGGAGUUGGACCGAGCUCAGGAGCGCCUUGCCACAGCUCUGCAGAAGCUGGAAGAGGCAGAGAAGGCAGCAGAUGAGAGCGAAAGAGGCAUGAAAGUCAUUGAGAACAGAGCUCUGAAGGAUGAGGAGAAGAUGGAACUGCAGGAGAUCCAGCUCAAGGAAGCCAAGCACAUUGCAGAGGAGGCGGACAGGAAGUAUGAGGAGGUUGCUCGGAAGCUGGUGAUCAUUGAAGGGGAUCUGGAGCGCACUGAAGAGAGAGCUGAGCUCGCAGAGUCUAAAUGUUCCGAGCUGGAGGAGGAGCUGAAGAAUGUCACCAACAAUCUCAAGUCUCUUGAGGCUCAGGCUGAGAAGUACUCUCAAAAAGAGGAUAAAUAUGAAGAAGAGAUCAAGAUUCUGACUGAUAAACUCAAAGAGGCGGAGACCCGUGCUGAAUUUGCUGAACGCUCUGUAGCCAAGCUGGAGAAGACCAUUGAUGAUCUGGAAGAUGAGCUCUAUGCCCAGAAACUGAAGUACAAAGCAAUUAGUGAGGAACUGGACCACGCCCUGAAUGACAUGACUUCCAUUGCCCGAAGAGCCCUCCGUGAGCAGAGUUCUGAUGACAUGGCACACUUCCCGUGGCUUUCUCAGCCUGUCUGUCCAGUGGCCCAGCGUGUGGAUGUCUCCAGUGAUAUGGGUGGGCUCACCUUUGGAGUAAAGCCUACUUAGAGCACUAGCUGCUGAUCUGCUCUCCUCCUGGCUUAAGGAACAUAUAAACUGAAAUCCACCAAAGAGGAGCAUCUCUGCACGCAAAGAAUGCUGGACCAGACCCUGCUAGACCUGAAUGAGAUGUAAUGGAUCCCUGCCACUGCCUCUGCCAUGCGAUGCCAGCCCAGCUGCUGCUGCCCUCUAACCCUGGGACCAGAGUUUACUUGCUGUUGCCAACUUGACCAAACACAAAUCUCCUUAGUGCCAGGGUUAAAGGCCACCAGGUUGGGCAGAGCUUCAAACAGCAUCAUUAAGGGAAGUAAACAAUGCAAUAAUGUUUGGAGAGCAUGUUUGAGAUGUACACAUUUUGUAACUACCUUUUUUUUUUGUAGCGACCAUUACAAACAUUCCAAAUAACGUGUGAGGCUGGUGAGCUACACUUCAGAGCUCUUGGCUUUAGAAUUUGGUAUUAACCUUCUGUUAAUCGGCUCUGGGCCACCCUGCCUUGGCAGGGCAGGAAACGGAUAUGAUGGUUCUGGCUGUGAGUCAGAGUAGCCAGGCUAGGGUGACAGCCUUUUUGAGAGAACUUCCUUUUCCAGGAGCUGUUUGCCAAAAGCACAGUUCAGUUUUUCAGCUUUAAGGUAGCUCUGUGUUGGGAAGGAACAGCUUGGGUGAAAGGUGUCUUUUUUUUGGGGGUUGUUUUGUUGUUUUUUUUUUUCUUAAGCCAAGCCAGUCAUCUGAACGAUUGAACCAAUUGAACCUUCACAGGGAUUCUGUCCCUUCCCCUCCACACCUGAAGGGCUUCGAGAAGCCACUGUCCCUGUAACCCAUUGCUACCCUGGAGCUGACUUUGCCUUCACUAAGUGCUGACGCACCAAGCUUCACCGCUCAUCACUGGGUUACACUUAACAACUUAAGUACAACAGCCUUGUGUCCUUGGAGAAUUCUUUUUGCCUACCUGGAGGGAGGGAGCCAAGCCUUCCCUCCUGCCCAGGACUGCUCUUAUUGUCUUAAUUGAGUACGAGCCAUCUCUCUGUGCAUUGCUGAUGUGUCGUGUUGUGAGGCGUGAGUGUGGCAGUGUCACGCUCGCAGCGUGUAGCUUGUGGUUUGAGCAUGCUGCCUGGUUGUAGCAGUUUUUUGGGGCCAAUCCGGAGACAAAAAAAAAACCUUACCCAGCGUUUUGAUACUAAAUUGAAAAAUUGUGUUACCGUCUUUUGAAAUAAAAACUGAUCCCUCCACGUG